AUGUCAUCACCAGCCCUUGUCGGCGACGCCGACGCAAGGAACCGGUUGAUGGAGAAGCGCAAGACUGAGUACUGGAGCAUCAUCAACGAUGACGCUCACUUGUUGUCCCAUCGCCCGAACCAAGAAGACAAAGAACUGAGUCGCCAAUUCGUGUUGCGAGAACUUCAAACUCAACUCGCCAAUGCGGACCUGGAUUGGAUACUCCCUGUGCCCAAUACCGAGACCAUAACCCUUCACCAUAUCCUGGCCAGCGCUAGAGGCUCAAACAACGGUGUCGGUGAUGUGAAGCAAAAGCUCGAUCUCUCGAGCGUCCUUACGAGAGGCCUCUAUCACUUUUACAAAACGGCCAUGAUGCCAAGGCCGUGGACAGAAGACACCAUCGAAUUCCUAUUCGAGCGUCGGCAAGUGAACGGCGUAUGGAUCACGGCCAUCUUUCCCGACCGCCCUAUGAUAUCGGCGCUUGCAGAUUCAGAUCCUCCAGAAGACGAUAUAUCAGCCCAGACCUCUCGCCUUGCUGCGCUAGAGGGUCCAAUUCCUGAGAUCAAAGCCUUGGGGGUAAUCCUUCUGCAGAUCUGGCUUCACAUGCCCAUGGCCCAGUUAAGCAGGCAGUGCCCCAAAUUUUUUGAGAAUGGCAAUGUGACUAGGACGGGACAGUUGAAUCUCUGCCACUCCUUGGACACCGGCAUUCUUGGACACCUCCCCGCAGAACUGCGGCCCUUAUGCAGGAUCAUUGAAAGAUGCUUCGAUGAUGAGGUGUUUAAGCAGCACCCAAGCGACGAGAUCUACGUUACCGGUGUUGGCUUAGCCAUUUACGAUCAGAUCUUUGAGCCAAUCGAAGAACUAGCGGAACAACUAUCGCUUCAUAUUGGCGUGCUUCCAUGUCCUUUCCGCCCAGGAGAUGAAGACAGCAAUUAGUACAAAAAAGCCCGUUAGUUCAACACUUCAUUUGGCCUUGGGCAAGCGACCACCCAAGGGGAAGCGGGAAAGGGGAAGAAGCCUUUUAUGAAAAGAAGAAGGAUGAACAGC